AUGCCCUAUGAGUGGGAGGACUAUCGCCUCACCUGGAAGCCGGAGGACUUCGACAACAUGAAGAAGGUCCGCCUGCCCUCCAAGCACAUCUGGCUGCCUGAUGUGGUGCUUUACAACAAUGCCGAUGGGAUGUAUGAGGUGUCCUUCUACUCGAACGCCGUGAUCUCCUAUGACGGCAGCAUCUUCUGGUUGCCGCCUGCCAUCUACAAGAGCGCCUGCAAGAUCGAGGUGAAGCAUUUCCCCUUCGACCAGCAGAACUGCACCAUGAAGUUCCGCUCCUGGACCUACGACCGCACUGAGAUCGACCUGGUACUGAAGAGCGAGGUGGCCAGCCUGGAUGACUUCACACCCAGUGGCGAGUGGGACAUUGUGGCGCUGCCAGGGCGGCGCAAUGAGAACCCUGAAGACUCCACCUACGUGGACAUCACCUAUGACUUCAUCAUCCGUCGCAAGCCCCUCUUCUACACAAUCAACCUCAUCAUCCCCUGUAUCCUCAUCACCUCCCUGGCCAUCCUUGUCUUUUACCUCCCGUCCGACUGUGGGGAGAAGAUGACACUCUGCAUCUCCGUCCUGCUUGCCCUCACUGUCUUCCUCCUGCUCAUCUCCAAGAUCGUGCCACCCACCUCGCUGGACGUGCCGCUGGUGGGCAAGUACCUCAUGUUCACCAUGGUGCUGGUGACCUUCUCCAUUGUCACCAGCGUCUGCGUCCUCAAUGUGCACCACCGCUCACCCACCACACACACCAUGCCACCCUGGGUCCGCACCCUCUUCCUCCACAAGCUCCCGGUGCUGCUCUUCAUGAAGCAGCCGCGGCAGAACUGCGCCCGCCAGCGCCUGCGCCAGCGCCAACACACUCAGGAGCGCGCAGCCGCCACCACCCUCUUCCUCCAUGCUGGCACCCACACCUGCGCCUGCUACGCCAACCCUGGCACUGCCAAGGCCGAGGGGCUCAACGGCUACCGGGAGCGGCAGGGGCAGGCACCGGCCCCCACACCCAGCUGCAGCUGUGGGCUGGAGGAGGCGGUGGACGGCGUGCGCUUCAUUGCUGACCACAUGCGCAGUGAGGACGAUGACCAGAGCGUGAGCGAGGACUGGAAGUACGUGGCCAUGGUCAUCGACCGCCUCUUCUUGUGGAUCUUCGUCUUCGUCUGUGUCUUUGGCACCGUUGGCAUGUUCCUCCAGCCCCUCUUCCAGAACUACGCCACCAACUCCCUGCUGCAGCUUGGCCAGGGCACCCCCACCUCCAAAUAGCACGGGGAACAGCCGGUCCCAGGGCCAGAGGGCCGGGUGCUGGGCUCAGGCAGCCCCUGCAAACCAAUAAAUACUC